GACGCAGCGUGGAAUUCCCAAAGUUCCCAAGUUCAGCGGAAGAGAGAAGCGGAGAAAUAACCCAAACAAAACGCGACGAGGAGGAAACAGCGACGAGGAGCUUCGGUAAAUAAAACCCCAGGUUUGUUUUCCACCUGACGCGAGAGGAGCGGGUGUUUCUGAGGCGAGGUGCCGGCGGUGGGGGCCCGAGUGGGAACGCGGAAGAGUGGGAGUGGGAGAUAGAGCCCCGUCUUCCAUCCUUUGUUUACCAUCACGUCCCAACCUUGAAUUUGGUUUUUACAACAACCACAGACCAUCAUUUCUCACCCUGUCGGUGCAGCUGAAUAGACAAUCGUCAAAAUAUCACCGAGCUGAAUCUGCAACCGUGCUGUGCCAAAGUGAGCCUGCAGGCGGCGAUGUCUGACCACAGCAACAGCACAGGCAGCAGUGCGUCCUCGACCAACAGCUGGACCCUCCUCUCCCCCGAGGAAGCUGCUGUUGAGAAUGUCGGGCCUGUGGACGACGGCACCGAGAGCCUGGGUGACGUCCCCAGUCUCUCCGAGGAGUUGGCAGGAGCUGCUGUGGAGUUCAAGCCAAGUGACAUUCCAGUUGAAACUGUCCUGUCUGAGGAAGGCCAUCAGCAGUAUAGGAAUCCACCAAACGAGAGAGACAUAUACUUUAUGCAACGAAGGGUUUGUCAGGAGACCUCUCCAGAGUCCAGUGAAGGUCCUAUCUCUUCUAGUCCAGCCCAGGUGAGUCCUCUUCCACACGACCUCCUGGACCCCCCAGACCUCGACUUGGAGAGUCAGCCUCCAGUGAUUCAUGAGAUUGACACCAGCUCGCCCUGCAGUGACAAUGAACUCCUAGGAGCCAUACCCUUUGUCACCAACAUUGAUUUGGGGGCUCCACUUGAUAUUUCUGCUGCUGAACUACCCCCAUCUGAGUUUGAGGAGUCCUGCUCUUCUCCCAUGACUGAUCUCCCUGUCUCUACAAGCCCAACAUUUGACACGCCUGCUGAUAUAGAGCAGGAUCUUGUGGGCCCCGCUGAGGAGAGUCUGGUCUACGACGUUGAACCUGAGGUUAACGUUGCCACAGAGACCAUUACGGCCAUCAGUCCUCCCUCUCAUGUCGAUGCUGAUAUUAGCUUUGCUCCAGUAAGCACAGAGCUGCCAAGCCCAGCCCCAGAGACCCUGGUGUCAGAGGAGCCCGUCGAUGAAAGUCCUGCACCAGAGACUGUUGGUUCAGUAGAGGCAGAGGAGGAGGCAGCAGUAGAAGAGGAGGCAACAGAGACAUGGGAGACAGGGGAGCCGGGCGAGAGAGAAGAAGAAGACGAGCCAUCCACUAGUUUUGGCGACACAAGCGGCUUUGAUGAUGGCGUGAGGAGGAGGAAUAUCCCGUCUUUUGAGGCGCCGAGAUCAAGAACGUCAGAUGAGGAUGACGAAGACGAGGAAGUGGAGUUCAAGCUGGCAGUGAAGGAGGAGAAGCCAUGGUUCUCCUUGAACAAGUGCAUUGUGGGAGCCCUGAUCCUGCUCUUUUUAGGUUCCCUCUUCCUCUCAGGUUUCCCCUCUGACCUGGAUUAUGGUGACUUUGACGCCUCUGAACUGAGCGAUGGAGAACAAAGCCAGGACUGGCUUAGCGGUGAUCCACAGGAUAUGAAAGAGUUAUUGGAUAAACUGACACAGGAAAACCAACACAUUGCUCUGCUAGAGGCUCAACUGCAGUCUCAGAAAGAAGAACUGGACUCAGCGCUUACAGCAGUGGCAGAAAGCGGAGAUGAGAAAGGUAAAGCAGAUCUGGAAAAAGAAAAUGCAAAUCUGAAGGAGGAGCUGUUGUCUCUGCCAGAACUAAAGAAAGAGCUGGAGAGUCUGAGGUCUAGAGUGACAGAACUCAACCAGCUCACAGUUGAUCAAAAUAUGCCUCCAGCGACUCCUGGUCCAGCUCCUCAGUCCGGUGUCAAAGAUGGUCAGAGCGACCAGAAACCAGCUGGACCUGAGAGGAGAAAGGAAACGAAUGAGGGAGGCAGGCUGAAGCAGGAACUCCAGAGACAGAAGGUGCUUUUGGAUGAGAGCAGAAAGAGACUGGAGGGGAUGAAAAAAGAUGGCGGCAGUAGGAAACACGUCAGGGACAGUUUGGAGGAGAUCCAGAAGACGCUCUCUGAUCAAGUGGAGAGGUGGGGGAAGAAGAAGCCACAGGAUUCCAAAUGGAAAGGGAACAAUGGUAAAAACAACGAUCGGGACCACUGGAAGAAAGAAGAAAAGAAAGAGUGGAGAGGAGAGAAAGAGUGGAAGCACGGCAAAGAGGGAGGAUGGAAGGAGAAAGACGAAAAGAAGAAGGAGGAGUGGAAGCCUCAGAAGCAAAACUCGCACAAAGAAGCAUGGAGGAAACACCAGGACGAGUGGGAGAAGAAGAAGGACGAGCGCAGGAUGGACAGAGAGGAGAGGAGGAAGGAGAAGCAGUGGCACAGCCAGCCGAGUAAAAAAUCUCACCAUCACAACCACAACCACCACAAUCAUCAACAUCAGCAUCACCAGUCCCGCCAGAAUCACCAAUACAACCAGAACGACUUCUGGAGAGAGCAGGAGCAGAAGCUCAGACGAAACUUCAAACCCCAGCUGGGCUGCAUCUCUGUGGACGACUGCGCCAGCAAGGAGGGGCUCUACGCCGUGGAGCUGCCCGAGUUUGAGGAACUGCUGGAGGGCUAUCUGAGCAAGCUGGAGGGUUCUAUGUCCGAGAACAAGGACAAGAUUCGAAAGCUGACCGCGGAGUUCUUUGAGGACGGCGUGUUUAUCCACGACAGGGUUCGUUUCAGCGACUUCGCUGAGGACGUAGCGGACAUUCUGGAGGACAUGGUGGACGUUUUGGAGGGCGACGGGCAGAAGGACAAUGACUCCUUGGAGGAGGAGAUGGAGGAGUUUGAACGAGAAGCCCUCUGGAAGUUUGCCGCCACAGCUUGAAUUGAGACGCGUUUGAGAAAAGGAGUAAAAUACAACACUAGGGUGCAGCACAAGUGGUGGUUUUGUAGGACUUCUCUCGCCUACCCUCUCCUCUUCAGAGCUGUAAUUGUAGUAGCUUCUGGCGUAGAGUGGUUGUGCCUCUCAUAAAUGUGACCCUUCGAGUCUUUAAUUAUAAGCUAGACUCGUACGUGUCAUUCUGGACUUAGUUGUUGUCAGCUACCUCUGUCAGGUCUUGCUUUCCUAAGUCCUUCAGUCAUGUGUUGUGUGGGUUUUCCUCUGCUAUAUAGUGUUUUCUCAGUACCUAGUGCAUGUUGCAGCUCAUAAUGUAAAUUCAAAAUUAUAAUAUUCACAUCACACUAUAACAUAGGGUUGUAAGGAGAUGGUAUUUGCAAAUAAUUCUGUUCAGCACCAGUGGAAAAGGGUUAAAUCUAUUCAUACAGUUCAUGUCAUAUUAGAUUAGUCGUCAAAUACAGAAGGACGUGUUAAAUUGACCCGUAAGUACUUCUCCCUUAUCAACCGGUCUCUGCUCCAAACAGGUUAAAACAAAGGCUCAGAGGUUUUUGCUGAUACUAUCUCUCUGCCGUCAAGUUGGGUGUAACUGUUUGAUCCCAGAGGAUGAGAUCCCGGUUCUUUCGGUGAUAAGAAUAAGAUCAAGUCAAACCUGUUUUGUGAGCAGCAUACACACACACACACACAGACAAAGACACACAGAGCACUGUUAUAGAGCCCCAAGUGUUUGGCCUCUAGAUUUAAAGUAGGUUUUUCAUGUUCCAACUUCCAACUGCCAGUUGACAGCAGAUGUGUGGAACAACCAGGAACCAUUUUGUGAAGCUGCUCAAAGAAAAAAGCUAUAGGACAAACCGAUUAGAAAUGUACAGCCACAGAUGAAGUGAUGACUGCUAAAUCACUUGAGCACUUUUCUCAAACAUUCACAUUUACAGCAACGUUUUUAUUUACAUUUUAGUUACUUACUUUUUUUAGUCCACCGGUUUUCCUGAAUACUUUCUUUAAAAUGUAGCAAUGAGGACGUCCAUCCCAAGAUCUACAUUUACUAUACUUGAGUUAUUUUUAGUUUUCCCCAAAGUGCUUCAUGUCAUGGAUUUGUUCAUUUGUCUAAAUGAAGUUGGCAAACAAAUCAGUCUUUUAAUUUCAUUUUCCUUUUUUUGUUGAUGCAAAUUGACAUUUAGUCAGUAGAAAAAUAAGGAAGCUGCUAGAAGCUGCUUGAAUGAGUUGAAUAAACCAGGCAAAGGUACAAGAAUGGUACACAACAUUGUCUAUAAGGCAUCGUAGCAUUACGCUUUAAUAGAGAUAGUUCUUUUAUUCGUAGUCAUGUUUGAUAUCCUGCAAGUUUCCCUCUUUGGGGGGAUGUGAAGUUAGAAUCGACAGAUUGUGAUUGUUAUUUCUCAUUUUUCAGCUAUUUUUGAGAUUGAAAGAAGCUUUGAAGAGUAAAAUAUUUAUUUAUUCUGUCAACUACACUGCAACACUUUUCCUUAUUCGACAGAAUUGCCACACUCUGUUGCAGAUCAUAAACUUUAAAUGUGAAACUGUUGACGUUUUCCUUUAGUUUACAGAAAUUUAGUUUGCCAGCUACUGCGUAUGUGCCUUUAUCAUCACAAAUAAGGUUAGACUGAAAAAGAUAUUUGAUUUAUUUUGCUUCUGCGAGGAUGAGAAGAUAAUGAAAAAGUUUACACUACUUGCAAUCAUAAGGCAGAGAAUGAAUGUCAAAGGGUUUAUGAUGUGUUGAACAGAAUUUUUUUCCGCUGUGAGGAGUGUUUUUCCUUUUUUCUUUUUUUAGACUGAAGGGAUCAAGAGAAAGUUUAAUGAAUCCUUUAAUGAAACACAUUUAUGAAAGUUAAUAUUUGAGACGUAUGUUUGUCUUUGUGGGACAACAGUAAGGCUGUGUGUUUACUGACAAUGUGGUCCAUGAUGUGCAUGUUAUUGAUCCCUGGACAGAUGUAUUGUUAAAUUUGGAUGAAUUUGGAGUCUUGUCCUCUUUUAGGAAGUCAGUGUUAAGUUCAAUAAAAAUAU